AUGUCUGUCAGUGACGUUGAUAAGCAGCUCUGGCUGGCGUACUGCAAGGUGGUGCAGAACGCCGUUGGUGGCCUCCCUGGACACAAGCCAGCCUUGUUCUUCACCAAGCAGGCCCAGAAGGCGCCGGUCGCAUCGCAGACGAUCGACCCUUCGUACACCAACUAUGGCAUCAAUGCCAUUAUUAACAAUCUCUUGCAGACCAAUGAUCUAUUCUUUGACCCUUCGCACCACAAGACAUAUGUUCAUUGCCUGCUUGAGUAUCUUUUAUCAGUCAAAGUCGGCGAUGACAACCCAGCCAUGCAAGCCCGGAUAGAAAUGGCAGGCAAAGACUUUACCGCCGCCCUCGACAAGGCUCUCACCGAGCGCGACCGAGCUCUAGACGAUUUCGAACAACAGGAAGGCUACGGCAUGACGGGCGAGAUGGACUUUUCCCAGUGGUGGCCGUCCAACGCCCCUGCAUAUGCAGCUGCUAAGCAGAUGGUCGAGGCCGCCGCCGCCGCCUAUCAAGCUGCCCUUGGCCAGAUCGGCGGGCCUGUAGCCAGUAUGUUGGCCAAGGAUUUUAAUCAGAUUGUCCAGGCUUUGGUCGGAGGUAACUCAGUCCCGGGCAUCACCAUGCCGGCCUGCCACGCCUCUCCCGAAAUAGUUCGAGGUCUUCUGAAUAAAGAUCGCACACCGCACGCCAUCACAUAUGUUCCCGAGUUCAACUCGUACGAGUACACAUACCAGAUCGAGCACUGGCUCAACGGCGUCGGUGACGGAGAUUCUUCGACGCGCAUCGACGUCUCGGACGGGCAAGCCGUCAGCGAGUCCGACUUUGGACAUGCGGCCACAGACGGCUUCUCUUAUGGCCCUUGGAUUUCGUUUUCAACUGCCGAGGGGAGCUCUGAGGAAGUUGGUGUUUCUCAUGAGGGUGUAGAUGCAGAGAUUGGCCUCGAUGUUCAAUUCUCAUACGACGAGAUCCAAACUGUUGCUAUCCGUGCUGGCCAAUGGAACGUUCCCAGCCCUGGACGACGAUAUCAGCUCAAGAGCAACGCCUCGCAAGAGUCGCGCAACCUCGCCUUCCCAGACUACCUAGUCGUUGUGCGUAAUCUCGGCUUCAAGGUCCACGUCCUAGACGCCACGCUGGCGAGGCAGAUCGAUGAAAAGUACGACCAGGCCAAAGAGGCGGGCGGCAUCGUGCGAGUGCUAGGCAUCCCAGCCACGCCGGAUGGGAACCCGGAGCAGGCGACUGAAGGAGCCGCUCACUUUGCCGAGUGGGAUUCGGGCAGUGGUGUCCUCUCCAUCAAGCCGACUGCUGAUGCUGGAUUCGCCUCGGUGGUUGCGCUUGUUGGUGAGCUCAAUAUUAGCUGA